CAGUCAGCCGCGCCCCCCCUCCCCAAGCUAACCUAUUCAUAAGGCAGAGCAGAAUCAGCGCACAACACUCUUGCAGUGUCUCGCCUUCAGAUGCAGUUCUUCGCUAGGACAGAUAUUCUCGACGGACGAGCGAGUCGUCGUGCCCGUCUUUCAGCUAGGCUGCCGCAUUCGAACCCAGCCAAAACCCAUUCCUACCUGCCGCUUGCCUCCGUCCAGCCACAUGCGAAACAAUGCGUCUAUUGCGACGCAGCGAUACCGGCGAAUUCACUCUUACCGAAGAUUUUGUUGGCGACGAGGCGAUUCCUCGCUACGCGAUACUUUCGCACACAUGGGGAGCCGAUGCUGAGGAGGUCACUUUUGAAGACCUGACAAAUGGCACUGGCAGAGAUAAGCCUGGCUACGAGAAGAUCUGGUUCUGUGGAGAACAGGCUGCACAAGACGACUUGCAAUACUUUUGGAUUGACACCUGUUGCACUAUACAGACUUACCACCGACGACAACGCCCUACGAAACGGGUGGCAUAUGCCGCCGAAAACAGCGGCAGAAUCUCUAAUCCCAGAACCCGAUCAUGCAACAAGGCGCAGCUUUGUGGGCGCAGCUUUGGGGGCGCAGCUUUGGGGGCGCAGCUUUGGAAGCCUCGGGUGGGCACUCUUUCCAUUUAUUUCUCAGACUUUUCAACUGGACAACUUCCAACUCCCAGCAAUGCGACGAUAGUAUUUGUUAUGACGAGCAAAAUAAUGAGCAGUAUCAUGAAAGUUGUCUCAUAAUUUCCUAAUUUCUUCUGAAUAUUCAGCUUUGUGCAUCGGCGUCACGUCGGCCAUAGUUUCGUUGACCAUCAGAAAUGGAUGCCUCCCGGCAGAGUGCUGCAAAGAACCUCAUAGACACGAUAAGUAGAGAGCAUACAUUAGGCGGGAGCCUAUUCGGAACAAGACUCGAGUUGCUCUUCAGCAACAACUUGAAAAUGUGAGAGCAGGUUCUCAGUUUU